GAGCGCGCGCGUUGCCGGCGGGGCGGCUCUCGCGAGAGCGGCGCGCUCUCGGCGCCAUGGAAACGGCGCUCGGCGGCAGGUGGCUGUGCUAGGCCCUGAGGCUCUUUGUAGCAUCUAUGAGGAUAGAAGCUUGCUUCCUGACCUGACUUACAAAGCAGUGUCCAGAGCCUUUUUGUGAAAAGUCUUGGCACGAAGAUGAGUACCAUCAACUCACAGGAUGAUGAAGAUACCUUUAGAAUACUUAUUGCUACUGAUAUUCACCUUGGCUAUAUGGAGAAGGACCCAGUGCGUGGGAAUGACACGUUUGUGACUUUUAAUGAAAUUCUGGACCAUGCUCAAAAAAAUGAAGUGGACUUUGUUUUAUUAGGUGGGGACCUUUUCCACGAGAACAAACCUUCCAGGAAAACAAUACACGCUUGUUUGGAGUCACUGAGAAAAUACUGCAUGGGGGAUCGUCCUAUUCAGUUUGAAAUUCUGAGUGAUCAGGCAGUUAAUUUUCAUAAUAGCAAGUUUCCAUGGGUGAAUUAUCAGGAUGGAAAUCUCAACAUUUCUAUUCCAGUGUUUAGUAUUCAUGGCAAUCAUGAUGAUCCCACAGGGGCAGAUGCACUGUGUGCAUUGGAUAUUUUAAGCUGUGCAGGAUUGCUGAAUCACUUCGGACGUUCGGCUUCCGUGGAGAAAAUAGAUAUUAGUCCCAUUUUGCUGCGUAAGGGUAGAACAAAAAUUGCUCUGUAUGGAUUGGGAGCUAUUCCAGAUGAGAGGUUGUAUCGUAUGUUUGUUAAUAAGCAAGUAACCAUGCUGAGACCAAAGGAAGAUGAAGAUAGUUGGUUUAAUUUGUUUGUGCUUCAUCAAAAUAGGAGCAAACAUGGAGCUACCAACUACAUCCCAGAGCAGUUUUUAGAUGACUUUAUCAAUCUUGUUGUGUGGGGUCAUGAACAUGAGUGCAAAAUAGCCCCAUGCCAAAACGAACAGCAACGUUUCUAUGUUUCUCAGCCAGGAAGUUCAGUGGUGACGUCUCUGUCCCCCGGAGAAGCUGUGAAGAAACACAUUGGCUUGCUGCAUGUUAGAGGGACAAAAAUGAAAAUGCAGAAGAUUGCGCUGGAGACAGUGCGGACUUUCUACAUGGAGGAUAUUGUUCUAGCUGAUCAUCCAGAUCUCUUUAAUCCUGACAAUCCUAAAGUGACUCAGGCAAUACAAGCAUUCUGCAUGGAAAAGGUUGAGAUGAUGCUGGACAAUGCAGAACGAGAGCGCCUGGGCAAUCCGCGCCAGCCAGGGAAGCCUCUCAUACGAUUACGCGUUGAUUAUGCAGGUGGCUUUGAACCAUUCAAUGUCCAUCGGUUUAGCCAGAAGUACAUGGAUAGGGUGGCUAACCCAAAAGACAUCAUACACUUCUUCAGGCAUCGUGAACAGAAAGAGAAAAAUGACAAUGAUCUUAAUUUUGGAAAGCUGGUGAGCAGACCUACUUCUGAGGGGAUGACACUGAGGGUGGAAGACCUUGUGAAGCAGUAUUUUCAGACAGCGGAGAAGAAAGUACAGCUUUCACUUCUAACUGAAAGAGGAAUGGGAGAAGCAGUGCAGGAGUUUGUGGACAAAGAAGAAAAAGAUGCCAUAGAAGAACUGGUGAAAUUUCAACUAGAAAAAACACAGAGGUUUCUUAAGGAGCGGCGCACUGCUGCAGAGGAAGAAAAAAUAGAUGAGGAGGUGAGAAAAUUCAGGGAGAGUAGAAAAAAGAAUGCUGAAGAGGAGGAUGAGGAAGUUCGUGAGGCAAUGACCAGGGCUAGAGCCCACAGAUCUGAAGAUGCAGUUCUUGUCGCGGCCUCCAGUGAUGAAGAAGCCAUGGAUACUGGGAUGAAAGGCAGUGGUGAUUCAGAUGAUGGCUUUCCUGCAACACUAACCCGAGGAAGGGGUCGGGCAAGAGGUAGGGCAAGAGGUGCCAGGGGACAAAAUCCAAUAGCAAGAGGUUCAUCUCAAAGGAGGAGAGGAAGCAGUGGCCGAGAGUCAGCUACUAGCAGCAGAACCUACAAGCCUGUAUCUGUGCCUGCCAAGAAUAUGUCUAUCAUAGAUGCCUUUAGGUCUUUGAAACCAGACCCCUCCUUGAAUUCAUCUAAAUCUUACUCUGAGGAUAUUAUAGAUGAUGACUCCGAUGUAGAAGAAAUUUCUACUGCUCCUUCUUCUAAAGGCAGUCUAAGGUUGUCAACUACACCUUCACUUGGUAAAAGAGGUUCACAAAGCCAAACAUCUAGAGGAGUUGAUUUCGAGUCAGAUGAGGAUGAAUUUGAUCCAUUCCAAAGCACUGCAACAUCAAGAAGGAAAUAAGUAGUUUCUGGCUUGCUAUACAAGAGAGGCCAUGGAAGAUAGUGAAGAGGAUGGAAAGCAGUUUGCAAGGCAUUCUCUAUAUGACAUUUCUCUGUAAAUGAUGGCUUGCCUUCAGUUUUCACUUCUAUGAAAUGUUUUUGGUUUGGUUCUGUUUUAGUUUUUCCAGUGGCACCAAAUUUAGUGUAAUUUGGGUGUUUGCACUGCUUAAUGCAUUAGACAUGAGUGUCUGAAACUGCAAGUUCUUUCUAAAACCUCUAAAAGGCUGUUUUCUUUUUGAGGUGAUAAUGUAAAUAACAAUAAUAUCUUUUCUAUAAAACUCUAUCUCUUGGGCUUGAAUUUUGAAGAGGAGUAAGUUUUUAUAGCAGUACACUGUUACUAAAUGUCAUAGUAUAUGGGAAUGAAUGCUGCUUUGGAAUUAAAGCAGCAUCAAAGGGUACUCUGUCUUUUCAUGUUGAAGGCACAUCCCAGGCACCCUGUCCUCUAUGCAGUAAAUGCUCAAGUGCAUCUCGCCAUCGAGUCUUGCUAAACCACUGUCACAUUCACUGACGGACUUUGUUAAAUCACUGUUUUACAUCAGUAAACGUAUUGCUCUGUCUCUCUUA